AUGGAAAAAAUGGACCAAAUUUCGGGUGGUUGGUGGUCCAACAAUAGAGGUCACAGAAAGGCUCUUGGAGUCAUUUUCGCUCCACGCCCUUCAGAUCCCAAAAGGACUCUCCGAGUCAUGCUUCAUACAAGAAAGUGGACUUCGCCACCAAUUCUUCUUUUUUACAUGGUUUUCCAGGGGCCAGGCCAUUUUCCAUGUGAAUCAGUUAAAGUGUUUAGGAUCCAAAGUUUGAUCAACACCCAUGGUCAUGCUUGCUCUUUGGCGGCUUACCAACGUUCUUCACGUAGGCAUCCGCCGAUCCGGCAGGGCCCUGGGCGCCGGGUGCCAGAGCUGCUGCAGAUCACCGCGGAUCAUUCCGAGUCCACGACGACGACGAGUCACGGAGAAGCCUUUGUGGACGUGGAGCCCUUGCUGGGGCGCAUCGUGAUCUUUCGCUCGCGGGAAGUUUGGCAUGGCAUUCAGCCCUCGAAAGCGCCACGCCGCUGGGCGGUCACACUUUGGGUCCUUGCAGAUGGGCAGCCGGAAUGA